AUGGCGGUCGUCCUGCUCUUCCUAAGCCUUAGCAUCCUCCUUGUGUCGGCAGCGGCAACGGGGCAGCUCUGCGGCAGCGGCGGCAACUACACGGCCAACAGCACCUACCAGUCCAACCUUGCCGCCGUCGCCGCCACCCUCCCCAACAAGGCGUCUUCCUCGUCGCAACUGUUUGCCACCGCGACCGCCGGCCAAGCCUCCGACGUGGUGUACGCGCUCGCGCUCUGCCGUGGCGACACGGUGAACGCCGCGGCCUGCAGGGACUGCCUCGCCGCCUCGUUCCGGGAAGCGCAGCGGGCGUGCCCGUUCCAGCAGGGCGCCACCGUCUACUACGACGGCGGCGAGCAGCAGCAGCAACAACAGCAGACUGCACGCCGGAUCUGCCCACUGGGGACUGCCUGGCGUGCCUCCAGCAGAUCAUCGCCAUGGUCAACACCACCACGGCGGUGCGCCUGGGUGGACAGAUCCUCGUGCUGCGCUGCAACAUCAGGAAAAGGAAUCAAACCAUGGGUAAUUGCCAUAUCUGUAGCUGCUCCAGUAGCACUUAUCGCAUUCUGCUUCAUCGUUUGCUAUCCUCGGCUCAGAAGAAGGCACAGAAAAGGUCAGGUGAGAUUGCGAGAAAAGCGGCACACCCACGAGUCGCAAGGAGGAGAUGAACAU